UGUCAUCAAACAGUGUAUUACGAAAAUCAUGUGGUCUACCAAACGAAUAUUGUUAUCAAGCGUGACAAUGCUUGAGUGUUUAAAAUUAACAUUAAUGUUCCAAAUUAAUAUCCCAAAACCUGAUACGGUCUACAUAAGUGUGCCAUUCGAUGAAUUCAAAAAUAUCCAAUGGUUUGAAAACCCAAACUAUAUGGAAUCGACGUGUGGGACGUUCAAAGCUUAUGACGAAGGAACGAUACAAAAAAUUGUUGGGAGAUGGUAUACCAUGUAUGUGUCAAAUAUUCCGUCAACCACGCAUCAUUGUAGUCAAUUUACAAAUGUGAAAGGCCCGUGCGGAUGCAGUGGAAUUGAUUUUACAAUUGCUUUAAAUUAUGGUGUUAUUUCAUUUGUCAUGUUUUCGACUAACACAAUAAAACAGUCAGUGACUUAUGAGUUGGCAACAGCUACGAUUUUCGGAAAUCGUCAGUUAAACAUGAAUAAAAUAAUACUACGAAUUUUCUUUUCAGGUUUUGUGUUAAAUUCAAAUGCAAAAGUAACAGGACUAGGAGGCUUUGUAAUUCCACGCGGCGUUAUCGUUGAUUCUGAUGAUUUCAAUUCUUAUAUAAUUAUGGUGUUCUGCAAAGAAGGGGCGACAAAACCUUCUGUAAUGAUUCUCGUUAAAGCACUUCCAAUAUCUAAAGUCAUCAAUAACGUAGUUUUUAAGUAUUUAAAUGAAAAUAAAUUUGAUAGUAAGUUAUAUAAAGUUAAUCACGAAAAUUGUCAGUAUGGUAAAAAUAUUGUUGGAGACGAUUAUGUGUAA